UUAUUGGAAUAAUCUUGUGGUGUCUGCUUUUCGUCAUGGCCUGGUAAGAUAUCUUGGUGGUUAACAAGUUCUUCAUCUACAUAAGCACGAAUAAUAUGCAUAAAAACAGGAGGGCUUAAGGCUCUUACGUCUCUCCGUCUGAGAGUACUCUACAUCUUGGUCCAUACUCUCUCACCGUCGUGGUGGUAGUGGUGCCCAUAACAAAGGUGAACUGACGGCUGGCUUCCACAAGCUUUGUGUUUUCAGCUUUACAGGAUGAGUUAUUUUCCAGCAAAGGUGAUGGCAACACUAGUAGCACUAUUCCUUCUUGUGGGUGGAACACAUAUUCCACCAACUUCUGCAUUACUUCCUUACGGUGGUCGGAAGAGUUUAUCUCUUGAUGGCUCCACAAAGACAAUACUAAGAUUAGAAGGCAAUUCUGAAGGUCUGAACAUUACUAGUAAGAAAAUAGUUUUCUUCCGAAGCCUACGAGGAGGAGGUUCAUCGCCGCCACCUCCACCCGUCCGAAAUUGGCGGUAUAUCCCAAUAUAUCCCCCGCCCAAACCCAAGCCCCCGUACAUGCCCAAGACCCCGCCUCCGCCGCCGCCGCCGCCGCCACCUCAGGUUCCAUGAUAAUUUAUGUUUUUGACUUUGUUCUCUGGAUGUAAUUCCCGAAAGGAAAGUCAUGUUCAAACUUGGUGGUUCACAAUUACACGCCAAUUUCCUUCUUUAAUGUUCUUUUUUUCUUUAAUUUUGAAGUGCUUGUAGAAAUAUUAAGAGAAUUUGAGGUCU